AUGGCCAAUGAGAAUAAAAUUGUUGAAGAAUUUACUGCUUUAUUGGAUAAAUCCAAACAAUUAUUUAACGGCAUGAGAGAACUGCCGCAAUUCGGUCAUUACCAUUGGCAGAAUUAUUUUGCUAAAACUUUCGAUGUCUACACCAAAUUAUGGAAAUUUCAACAAAAGCAUAGGCAAAUCCUAGACAAUAAAUUAAGUUUAAAGCGAUGGCAAAUUGGCGAAAUUGCCAGCAAGAUUGGACAAUUAUAUUAUCAUUACUAUUUACGUACCAGUGACGUAACUUACUUAUUGGAAUCCUAUUCCUUUUAUCGAGCAAUCCAUGGUAGAGCUUAUUACAAUAAAGCUGUUAAGGAGGAGAAACCUGACAUCAUGAUUAAGAAGCUACGAUACUAUGCAAGAUUCAUUGUGGUUUGUCUGUUAUUAAGAAAAACUGAUACUUUAUCUGAUCUAGUUACGGAAUUAAGCCGCUGUGUAGAUGAAUAUGUUGAACACUAUGAAGUUAAAGAAGGAGGAGAAUGGCAAAUUGUACUAAAGGAGAUUCAUAGUUUCUUAGCUGCGGAUGGACUAUUUCAAAUUAUUAAAGAUGAUGGAGCCACAUUAAUGAUUCAAAAUCGACUAAAAUCGCAGACUAUACCAAUAGCUAGUGGAAGUUUUGGCACCAAAUUAAAGCUAACGGACGUAAUCAUUGUCGGCAACUGUACUAAACAAGUAAAAUUUAGCGAAUUAACUAUUGAUAUGUAUCGAAUGCUGCAAGUUGUAGAAUACGUUAGUAGUAAGUUCGAAUCUACUACAAAUGAAAUAAUGACUAAAAAUGAUACCAAAGCUGAAGAAAAACAGAAUAAAAAUCCACACAAAUGCCUCCUAUACCGUCCCACAUUUUUCCAGCUAUAUGCUUUCCUUUCAUCAACAUUUAAAGAAUUACCUUCAAAUUCUAUCGCCCUAAUAUAUAUCUCAGCAGAUGGAAGUCCUAAAGUUAAUUUAUCUGAACGUGAUGGUUAUUAUGAUGCUGGUGGGGUGUCAACACUUAAUAAAAAUAAUUCCACAAAUUCACCAUCUAAAACGCGAGCCAGCCAAGUCAGAGAUAGUAAUUGUCUCCAUCCCGAAGAUCUAAUACCGUUUUCCAGGAAACCAAUGUUUAUCAUCAUUGAAAGCGAUAACGGAAUAGCUUUUAGUAACUUUCCGCAACUAUUUGGGCAGCCUUUGGUUUGUCUAAUGUCUCCCGUAACUAUCCCAGCAACUUUCUCAGAAAAAUCCCAUCUUUACGGCAAUUUCUUUACGAUGUUUCUGCAUUGUCCGUUGAUGGGCUUUUGCUAUAUAUGCGAAAUUUCGGAGAUACAGCAUAAUACAUGGGAAGAAUGUGAAACCAUAUUUCAAGACAUUUGGCAAACAAUCGCUACUAAUAUUGAAAACUGCCCAACCCUAGGUUUUUCGUUUCGUCAAUUUAUUCAUGACGAAUUCCUCCGUUUAUUAAUUUACCGUUACAUCUUCUGUUAUUGUACCCUUUCUCUACAUAAGCUAUUUAAAAAUACCAAUUAUUAUCCUAUCUGUUACCCAAAAAUGCCUGCAAAGUUAACUGAGGCCGUAAACUUGAAAUCGCUCGUCUUAAAAUUAGCAAAGGUACUAAACGCGGGCCAAUACAUUUACCAGGAAACUUGA